GGGCUAGGCUGUGCCGGGUUGCGAAGGGGGAGACUAACGUCGGGUCGGGUCAGCGGGCGCUGCAGUAGUCGCCGCAGCGGCGAUGGGAGCGGUGGGGACAAGGCGGCGGCGGCGGCGGCAGGAGGGGGAGCAGGGGCUGACACAAGAGCAGCGGCUGGGAGAAGCCAGCAGCAGCAGUAACAGCAGCAGCCGCCGCCGCCGCCAGUAAACGCGGACGGUACCCGGGGGAACUACCCAGCCGGCCGGCCCUCGAAGCCGCGCUUGGGUCCCGCCGCAGUUCGCGGCGGGGGAUGGGCAGGCGGUGGCAGUCCCGCCUGCUGAGGGUUGACCCCUGCCGGUCCCGGCCCUGAGCUGGACUCGAGCGCUCCGCCUGAAAUCCCUGCGUCCGCCACGGCCCAGGUUAAAUGGAAACCACCCUUGGGAACUGGAUGCCUGUGUAGCCGUUCUACCUUAUCAGUAUAUUGCAAUGAGUGGGGGAGGAGAGCAGCCAGAUAUCCUGAGUGUUGGAAUCCUGGUGAAAGAAAGAUGGAAAGUGUUGAGAAAGAUUGGAGGUGGGGGAUUUGGAGAAAUUUACGAUGCCUUGGACAUGCUCACCAGGGAAAAUGUUGCACUGAAGGUGGAAUCAGCUCAACAACCAAAACAAGUUCUGAAAAUGGAGGUUGCUGUUUUGAAAAAACUACAAGGGAAAGACCAUGUUUGUAGAUUUAUUGGCUGUGGGAGGAAUGAUCGAUUCAACUAUGUGGUCAUGCAGUUGCAGGGUCGGAAUCUGGCAGAUCUUCGCCGUAGUCAGUCCCGGGGCACGUUCACCAUUAGCACUACUCUCCGGCUGGGCAGACAGAUUUUGGAGUCUAUUGAAAGCAUCCAUUCUGUGGGAUUCUUGCACCGAGACAUUAAACCGUCGAACUUCGCCAUGGGUCGCUUUCCCAGUACAUGUAGGAAAUGUUACAUGCUUGAUUUUGGCUUGGCUCGACAAUUUACCAAUUCCUGUGGUGACGUGAGACCACCUCGAGCUGUGGCAGGCUUUCGAGGGACAGUUCGUUAUGCAUCAAUCAAUGCUCAUCGGAACAGAGAAAUGGGAAGACAUGAUGACCUUUGGUCCUUAUUCUACAUGUUGGUGGAGUUUGUGGUUGGUCAGCUGCCUUGGAGAAAAAUAAAGGACAAGGAGCAAGUAGGCUCUAUUAAAGAGAGAUAUGAUCACAGGCUCAUGUUGAAACAUCUCCCUCCAGAAUUCAGCAUCUUUCUAGACCAUAUCUCCUCUUUGGAUUAUUUUACCAAACCAGACUACCAGCUUCUUACAUCCGUGUUUGACAACAGCAUCAAGACCUUUGGAGUAACUGAGAAUGACCCUUUCGACUGGGAGAAGACUGGAACUGAUGGCUCCCUGACAACCACCACCACUUCUACCACCCCACAGAUGCACACCCGCUUGACCCCUGCUGCAAUUGGAAUUGCCAAUGCCACUCCCAUCCCAGGAGACUUGCUUCGAGAAAAUACAGAUGAGGUGUUUCCAGAUGAACAGCUUAGUGAUGGGGAGAACGGUAUCCCUGUUGGUAUGUCACCAGAUAAAUUGCCUGGAUCUCUGGGACACCCUCGUCCCCAGGAGAAGGAUGUGUGGGAAGAGAUGGAUGCCAACAAGAACAAGAUAAAGCUUGGAAUUUGUAAGGCUGCUACUGAAGAGGAGAACAGUCAUGGUCAAGCAAAUGGUAUUCUCAAUGCUCCAAGCCUUGGUUCACCAAUUCGUGUCCGCUCAGAGAUUACUCAGCCAGACAGAGAUGUUCCAUUGGUGCGAAAGUUACGUUCCAUUCACAGCUUUGAGCUGGAAAAACGUCUGACACUGGAGCCAAAGCCAGAUACUGACAAGUUUCUCGAGACCUGCCUGGAGAAAAUGCAGAAAGAUUCCAGUGCAGGAAAAGAAUGUAUUCUCCCUGUUCUGCUUCAUAAGCCUUGUGUUCCUACCGUGUCCCAUGCUGACCACGUCUGGCACUAUGAUGAAGAAUAUCUUCCAGAUGCCUCCAAGCCUGCUUCUGCCAACACCCCUGAGCAGGCAGAUGGUGGUGGCAGCAAUGGUUUUAUUGCUGUUAACCUGAGCUCUUGCAAACAAGAGAUUGAUUCCAAAGAAUGGGUCAUUGUAGACAAGGAACAGGACCUUCAGGAUUUUAGGACAAAUGAGGCCUUAGGCCAUAAAACAACUGGAAGCCCUUCUGAUGAGGAGCCUGAAGUGCUUCAAGUUCUGGAGGAAUCACCUCAAGGUGAAAAGCUCCGAUUAGGCCCUUGGGCAGAAAAUGAUCAUUUCAAGAAGGAAGCUUCUGGUGUGGUCUUAGAACUUUCUGGGGAGUGCCCUGCCACUGCUGCUUCAGAACAGUACAUAGAUAGGCUGGAACUCCAGGCUGGAGCUGCUAGUCAGUUUAUUGCAGCAACACCCACAAGUCUGAUGGAGGCGCAAGCAGAAGGACCCCUUACAGCGAUUACAAUUCCUAGACCUUCUGUGGCAUCUACACAGUCAACUUCAGGAAGCUUUCACUGUGGUCAGCAGCCAGAGAAGAAAGAUCUUCAGCCCAUGGAGCCCACUGUGGAACUUUACUCUCCAAGGGAUAACUUCUCUGGCUUGGUUGUAACAGAGGGUGAACCUCCUAGUGGAGGAAGCAGAACAGAUUUGGGGCUUCAGACAGAUCACAUUGGUCAUGACAUAUUACCCAAUAUUAGAGAAAGUGACAAAUCUCAAGACCUGGGACCAAAAGACCGUCCAGACCAUAACAGACUGGUUGGGAGAGAACUUGAGAAUCUUCCUGGGGAAACUGAAGAAAAAAGCAUUCUUUUAGGGUCAGAUAAUGAAGAUGAGAAGUUAGAUAAAAGGCAGCAUUGUGUUGAGAUCUCCCCUCUCCCAGGAGAUUUGGUAACUGUGGAAAAGGAUCACUCAGCUACUACUGAACCUCUUGAUGUGACAAAGACACAGACUUUUAGUGUGGUGCCAAAUCAAGACAAAAAUCAUGAGAUAAUGAAGCUUUUAGCAGUUGGAACUUCAGAAAUUUCUCCAAGAGUCAUUGACCCACAUGUUGAAGGACAGAUAGGCCAGGUGGCAGCAAUGCAAAAAAGUAAGCUAUCUAAGAAUGGUGACAUCAAGAGUGAAGACUCGCCAGGUCAUCAAGGAGACCUUUCUACUUUUUUACAGCAAGGGGGUAAGAGAGAUAAAAUUGCCCCUAGAAAUGGAGAGCUAUUUCAUUGUGUUUCGGAGAAUGAACAUUGUCCCCCAACUCGGAAGGAGGUGGUCAGGUCCUCCUUUGUAACUAGACACAGCCGAAUCCCUGUUUUAGCACAAGAGAUAGACUCAACCUUUGAAUCAUCCUCUCCAGUCUCUGCAAAAGAAAAGCUCCUACAAAAGAAAGCUUAUCAGCCAGACAUUGUCAAGCUUCUGGUGGACAAAAGGCAAUUCAAGUCUUUCCUUGGUGACCUCUCAAGUGCCUCUGAUAAAUUGCUAGAGGAAAAACUAGCUACUGUUCCAGCUCACUUUUCUGAGGAGGAAGUCUUCACUCCCUUUUCAAGGCUGGCAGUAGAAUCUCACCUGAGUAGGUCAGCUGAAGAUAGCUUUUUGUCACCCAUCAUCUCCCAGUCCAGAAAAAGUAAAAUUCCAAGGCCAGUUUCAUGGGUCAACACAGAUCAAACCAAUAGCUCAACUUCAUCUCAGUUCUUGCCUCGGCCACCACCAGGAAAGCCACCCACAAGACCUGGAGUAGAAGCCAGGCUACGCAGAUAUAAAGUUCUAGGGAGUAGUAACUCCGACUCAGACCUUUUUUCCCGCCUGGCCCAAAUUCUUCAAAAUGGAUCUCAGAAACCCCGGAGUACUACUCAGUGCAAGAGUCCAGGAUCUCCUCAUAAUCCAAAAACACCACCCAAGAGUCCAGUUGUCCCUCGGAGGAGUCCCAGUGCCUCUCCUCGAAGCUCAUCCUUGCCUCGCACGUCUAGUUCCUCACCAUCUAGGGCUGGACGGCCCCACCAUGACCAGAGGAGUUCAUCCCCACAUCUGGGGAGAAGCAAGUCACCUCCCAGCCACUCAGGAUCUUCCUCCUCCAGGAGGUCCUGCCAACAGGAGCAUUGCAAACCCAGCAAGAAUGGCCUGAAAGGAUCCGGCAGCCUCCACCACCACUCAGCCAGCACUAAAACCCCCCCAGGGAAGAAUAAGCCAGCCAGUAAACUCAGCAGAUAGGAGCCGGCUGCAUCUCUAUGAAAGGUGUGAGAUCUUCCUCCUAAACCUAAUGCAUGUGUGUCCCCAUACUGUCUAUUUAAAAAAUCAGUCUUGAUCUUCUCUUGCAAAAGAAAGUAACAUGAUCAAUUAUUUGUAAGAAGACAUAAAUGUGUGAUAAGGAAUGACCUAUGGCAGGCAGCAAGCAGAUCAGGAAUGAAUGCCUUUGUAUAGGAAGGGACAAUCCAGCAAAAUCCAAGGAGGAGAAACUGAUUAAAUGAGCUUUCAUUUUUUAGCUGCCGUUGAAGAGUUAGAAUGGAAUUUUAAGGGGUUUUGCCUAAUUUUUUAAGCCUCUACUCAAAGAUUAUAUAGCAAAAGUGAAACUUCUUGUUUGAUAUUUUCAUUCAAAACUUCCGAACCCUGGAGAGUCAUUGUUCAGAUAUUAAAUUAUGUAAGAAGUCUGUUGCCAGGGAGCCAGGACUCAUGUAUAUUUGGUUUGUGUGUUUAUUUAGUGUACGGAGAAUUUGCACCUUCACUUUGCCUCAUUCCUAAUACCCUCCCUGGAUUACACAUUUUUAAAAGUCAGUGUUUCUCGCCUGAUUCAGUCCCUCUUCUUUUAUUUUAAUAACACAUCUUAAUAGAAUUUCAAAUCCAAUUACCUUUUCUCAGCCCCCUAAUAUUUUGGGGGGAGGGAGCAACAGUCCUAACCUAGUACAUUUUUAUUGUGAAAGAUAACUGAGACACUUACAUGAAGGAAAGAAAAGUCUUUUUCCUGUUGUAUUAGUUACAUUAUGCUAAAAAGUAGCUGGUUUUAAAUCCUGAUCCCUUUCAUCAGAGCUACUUUGCAGGCUUUAGUGUUUAGGGAAAGAGGGUUAAAGUGUGGGGUAAUAUCCUUCAAGAUAGAAGAACUUUCUUCCUCUCUGUUAAGUUUCUUCCUUGUAGAAGGAAACUGACCAGAAUAAACUGCUUCCUUAAGUCUUCUAGGUAGCAACUAUUUCUAAUGUCAACCUCCAAGAUAAUACCAGGGAAGCAGUUAUUGAGGUUUAUAAUCCUCAAACUUUGUAUUUUAUACAUUUGGCCAAUAAGGAAUGAAUAUCUGGGGAAAUAAAUUUAGCCUAAAUAUUUUUCUUUUAGUGUUUUAUUACCUGUUUCUCCUAUAGUUUAGUUUAAUAUUUGGGCCUCUUGGCCUGAUUUCUACGUAAUCUCAAUUUACAAAGCUAUAAGGAGGACCAUAUUUGUUUUAGUCUCACUCUUCUGCUAACAGGAAUCAGGCAAAAUUAAAGUAUACCAGACUUUUUAAACAGGCUCUUUUAUACUCUUGGGGUGUUUUGUGUUGUAAAGACCUUAUUGAGGUCAGGUAAAUUGGUCUUGCUUACUGUUGAAAUUUGCCUUCUAGCAAACAUCUGUGCUUUCUGUGUGACCUUGUGUUUGCUGCCAAACCUAAUAUGGUUGAAUUGGAAAACAAAAAAAGAAAGAAAUACAUUUCCUCACCAAGUGAACAUAUUCUAAUGCUGCAUCAAAGCUGCCCUGAAGCUGCACUGAACUUGUUCUCUUUAUCUGUGUUGAGCUUUUUAAAAACAAACUCAAAACACUAUUGAGGCAUAUAAGGUCUCUUAAAAGAAACGUGGAAUCUUAAUUUCUCUUCAGUUGCAAACACUACAGGGGAAUGCAAUAGAUAAGACAUAUCUACUGUUUAUCUAAAGCAACUGUAAUAUUGGAAGACCUGUCUUUCUGUAUUUUAUUGUAUAAUAGUUGCUAUAACACUAUUUGCAUGUCUUCAUGGUAAAUUAUAUAAAUAUUUAUAAAUAUAUAGAGAGACAUAUGCUUAUAUAAACUCA